CUCCACUUUAGGAGACAGGCUACGUCUUGUCGUAUAAAGGGUCAGACCUAGGUACUUGAAACGCAAGGCUGCCGUCCUUUUCCUUUUCUAUCAGAGUGAUACGAUGCCUAAAUUCGUCACCCAGCUUAACAAUUACUUCCAGGCUAGGGGCGACACGAGCGUUUUGAGUUAUCAAGAGUCGGUCGUCGGGCCCUCCGACAGAGCUGAGUGGACCGUUGUUUGCAAAGGUUGGACCUCUCUCCUUAACACGCACAUCACUCACGAGGGGGCAACUAGUGUCUGGUGAAAUUAAAGGGAUGGGGGUGGGCCCUUCCAAAUCUGCUGCUAAGGAAAUUGC